UCCCUCUUUCAUUUAUCACCAUCUCCUUUUUACGCAUGCUUGCUUCGCCUUUAAGUUGUGUGGUUAUAUAUACUUCUAUCUUUCCCCUUCACUCUCCAGUUUCCAUUUGAAUCUCAAUAUACUUCUACAUCUUAAGCCAAGUGAAGGAGCAUAUAUUAAAGUCCUCUUACGUGUAUUUCCAGAUAAUACAAUUUUCUAAAAAAUGGAUUCAACCAUGAGUAUAGUUGAAAGUCGAUCCAUUUCAAAGCCACCGUACUUUGAUGGUAAAAAUUGCACUGAAUGGAAGAAAAGAAUGAUGAUAUUUGUGCAAUCAAAUGACUUCAAACUUUGGCUUGUGAUUAAGAAUGGACAAAAAUUUCCAAAAAAGGUAAUAAAUGGUGAAGAAAUUGAGAAAUCUGAAGAUGAAUUUGAUAAAAAAGAUAUGAAGAUUAUGAAACAAGAAGCAAAAGCCAAGCAUAUUUUAUACUGUGCUUUAAAUCCAAAUGAUCUUGAAAGAGUUUCAAGUUGCAAUACAGCAAAGGAAAUGUGGGAUGAGCUUGACAAGGAAGUUUCAACAUCUAAUGUCGAUUCUAUCGCUGUAGUAUCACAAGAAGAAACAUCUGCAUCCGCAACACAACUCAACGAACCUAACUUUGAGUUUUUGGAAGAAACAAGUGAUGCUCUAGAGAAAAAGUUUGUCAAACUUUGUAUCCCCAUUCACAAGCUUGCUUUAGAAGGGAACUGGCCCGCAGCUAAGAGCCUUAUAGACGAAGAAAAUAAGCUGAAAAAUGCUGCCAUAUCAAAUGGGUGGCCUACACUACUGCAUAUUGCAGCAGGUGCAAACCACAUUGAGUUUGUGAAGAAGCUAUUGAAAAUGUUGGAUGAUACUAAUGACUUGAAAUUGCAAGAUAUGAAUGGCAACACUGCUUUCUGUUUUGCUGCUGCAGCUGGAAACAUAGAAAUUGUAAACUUAAUGCUGGAAAGAAACCGGUUGUUACCAAUUAUAAGAGGUUUAAAUGGAUAUACUCCUCUUCAGUAUGCUGCUUUGCAAGGAAGAUACAAAAUGGCAUGGCAUCUAUAUGAUAAAACCAUACAUUGUUUUCAAGAUAAAGAUUGGGACUCAUUGUUCUUUGCUUGUAUCUACACUGGCAUCUAUGAUUUAGCCUUGAAAAUGGCAAUAGAUAGGAAAGCACUGGCUUUUGCACGCGAUGCAAAUAACGAGACAGCUUUACAUUUGUUGGCUCAAAAUCAAAUACCUUUGGAUUCUUCUUGCCAUGGUCCAAAACAUGAUGAGAAUCCCAUCACGAUCAAUCCUGACAUGAAAAAACAUGUGGUUUUCCAAUUGGUUAAAUGUCUUUGGACCACGAUCGUUGAUAAAUACUACCAUUCAAAGCUAGAGUUAAGAGAAAUCAGAAAUGAACCUUCCCAACUAAUAUUUGAUGCUGCAAAAGUUGGAAAUUUUGGGUUCUUAUCAGAGCUUAUUAGUGGUUAUCCUAGCUUGAUAUGGGAUGUGGAUAGACAAAAUCGAACUAUAAUACACAUUGCUGUUUUGCAUCGUCAUGCUAGUAUUUUCAACCUUGUACAUAAAAUAGGAUAUGUAAAGGGUGUCAUAGUGACAUAUGAAGAUGAAAAAAGAAACACUUUAUUGCAUUUGGCUGCAAAGUUAGCACCACAAAGUCAACUUGAAUUGGUUUCUGGAGCAGCUUUUCAAAUGUGCCUUGAGUUAUUAUGGUUUGAGGAAGUAAAGAAAAUAAUGCUGCCACCACAAAUAAAGAUGAGAAACUCUGAUGGCUUCACUGCACAAGAACUAUUCUCAAAGGAGCAUGAAAAACUAAGGGAAAAUGGAGAACAGUGGAUGAAAAAAACGGCUGAGUCUUGUAUGUUGAUUUCAACUGUCAUUGCUACUGGAGUUUUCGCUGCUGCAACUAGUUUACCAGGAGGAACAAAUGAUGACACAGGAAAACCAAACUAUUUGUCUAAAACAUCAUUUUUGGUGUUUACAAUAUCAGAUGCAUUGGCACUCAUCUCAUCUUCAACGGCAAUAUUGGUCUUCUUGUCUAUUCUUGUCUCGCGUUAUGGAGAGUAUGAUUUUUAUAAAUCAUUGCCUUUAAAGCUAAUUUUUGGGUUAGUCGCAUUAUUCAUCUCCAUAACAAGCAUGAUGGUAGCAUUUAGCAGUGCUUUCUUCAUCAUAUACUACCAUGGUUUGAAGUGGAUUCCUAGUUCCAUUGCAAUACUUUCUUCCCUCCCAAUACUUUUGUACAUAUGGUUGCAAUUUUCUCUGUUUUCAGAUAUUAUUUACUCAAGCUACUCCUAUUGGAGAAAGCUAUCUAAGCCCGGUAGAAACAUGAUUUAUGUACUCAAGGAAUAGAGGAUCAUUAUUGAAAGGAAAAUGCUUAUUGUUACAAGACAAGAUUGAAAAUAAAAUAUGCAAGAAUCAUAUGUUUGGGUGUAGUCACUUGUAAUUUGAAGCAUUUAGUUGAUUUUAAUUUUGUUGUAGUGGUGAGAGUUUUGGAUUUGUUUGAUUUUAUAUUUUGGCUUAUGUAACCUUGGAUUUGUAUUCCUCUUUCUCCCUCUAUGAAUCAUUAGUAACAAACAUCAUUUCUCUCAUUGUAA